CAGGUAACGCUGGUUACUCUGGAUGGUUCGACAGGCCCAAGACAAUCUGUGCUAGUCUCGGAUUUUAUCGCGCAGUGAUAGCUGCGUGGCUUGAUCUAGAGGUCACUGUAUUUUCACGUGACGUGACAAAGCGCGCCUCCAAACCGAUUUCCGAGACUGGAUCCCAAGUCUUGAACUACUUGACUUGCACUUCGACUAAUUGGCAUCUUCAGCCAUCGAAGCUACGAAAAAUUAUGGAUUCCAUGUCGCUCCCGUUUCAUCGUAUCUAAAGUCUAGACAGUCACACCUUAUCAUUGGAUCGCGCCAGGCCUCCAAUUCAUGUCUACACAAUGGGGUCUGAAAGUCCGACUAGAAGCUCCAAAUACACUCCAGUCCACAACCCUUCGGAAGAAACCCCCCAUACCCAGUUUGAUGCCAUUGGAACAAGAAUUGCCGGUCAGAACAGGGAAGCUUCAGUAAACUGCUCAGAUAUUUGGCGAUGGUAUAAAGUGCAUAAGGAAGAAGAACCAAUUGCCCAUCCCACUUCGCGACAGUCGAAAAUCAGUCGGUUUUCGAUGCGAUCAUAUGGAGAACCUCCUGCCUGGUUGACACUUUCCUCUUUUGGACACCCGCGUUUCGACGCUGCGAGCGGCUGAGCGGGAGACUUGGACUGGACAGGAAUAAGCAGAGGAACGUCUGGCGAAAAUCGAGCGACAGGAUAAGAAGCACGAUAACCACCUAUUACCCGUCGGUGUCAAGCGCCUCACGCAUGCAGAAUAAGGAUAAUUACGUCACUCGGAUCAUACGACUGUCCCGGACCGCGCGGGUACCACCCCAAUCUCAACCAGUUACCACUACCAUGAGGCUCCUGUUACCCCUGCUCUCCCUGAGCACCGCGCUUGCAUUCCCGACUGGAGAUCAGGUCGUCUUGAACUUGGGAACGGCGUCUGCAUCCUCAGGGGAAGCCUACCAUGCGGCGAACCUGUGGCUCGACGAUACCAAGAAGGCCAUCCUCGAAGGCAAGAAGAACAUGGAGAAGUGGUUUCACGCUGGGAAAGAGUUCAUCAAGCAGAACGGAAUGUUGUAUGAACUCGUCUCACACCCGUCGCUGGCCGAGCACCAGCUCCGAGUGACGGAACCGGAUCUAUGUGAUUCUUCCGUGAAGCAGUACUCUGGGUAUGUCCGUUCUCUUGAUAUUUUGCUUGUUAGGAGACUCACCA